AUGCGUUCAUUCUUAUCUAGUGUGGUCUCCAAAGCUAUCUGCCUUGUGGUCAUCUCUCCGUUAGUUGCAAAAGGUCAAGGUUUUGAGUGCACUGCUGCCUCAUUUCCCGAUGAAGACCUCGAAACCACACGCCAGAUUGCGUGCACCAGCUUGGAUAUUAGUACCGCCCAACUGAUAGACCCCAUUAUAUCUGGGGUCAAAAUUGAGUCUCUUUACCAGUGGAAUCUUACCGAAUCCUUGGUUCCAGAGGAAAUUAGGAAUGAACACCACGCUCUAAUGCAUCUGAAUCACGAAUGCAAAAUCACCGCUAUCACCAUGUCAAACAAAGAUAACGUUACUGAAAUUUGCCACAGGUACAGGGCUCCUCGUGAGAUUCUUCUCCCGAACGUCACCACUUGA